GAAUCUGGGAAGGAUAGUCAAGACAAGAAAAAGAACCAUAUCAAGGCACUUCUUGUGGCAGCCACAGACUGCGAGCCUCAGUAUCUAAUUCGUCUGCUUCAGACAAAGUUGAGAAUUGGAUUGGCAGAACAGACUCUUUUGGCUGCUCUGGGACAAGCUGCUGUAUAUACUGAAGAGCAUUCUACUCCUCCUCCACACAUUCAGUCUCCUUUAGAUGAGGCUGCAAAGAUUGUUAAACAAGUAUACUCUGUGCUUCCUGUCUAUGAUAAAAUAGUCCCUGCUCUUCUUAGUGACGGCGUGUGGAAUCUUCCCAAGACAUGCAGCUUCACACCUGGUGUUCCAGUUGGACCUAUGCUGGCAAAACCAACCAAAGGGGUUUCUGAGAUAGUAGCUAAAUUUCAGGAUAUGGAAUUCACCUGUGAAUACAAGUAUGAUGGAGAACGUGCCCAGAUACAUUACCUGGAGAAUGGUUCGGUUGAGAUAUAUAGUCGAAAUUCUGAGCGAAAUACUGGAAAAUUUCCUGAUGUUGUUGCUGUGAUUUCCCGAUUAAAGAGGCCCUCGGCAAGCUCAUUUAUUCUGGAUUGUGAACUAGUUGCUUAUGAUAGAGAAAAAAAGAAAAUUCUCCCCUUUCAGAUCCUCAGUACCCGGGCCCGCAAAAAUGUGGUGAUGAGUGAUAUCAAGGUUAAUGUUUGCAUAUAUGCCUUCGACAUGUUGUAUCUUAAUGACCAACCACUUAUUCAGAAAGAACUGAAAGUUCGUAGAGAGCAUCUUUACAGUUCAUUCGAGGAAGAACCUGGAUUUUUUCAGUUUGCAACUGCAAUAACAUCAAAUGAUCUUGAAGAGAUACAAAAAUUCCUCGAUGCUGCUGUUGAUGCCAGUUGUGAGGGUUUAAUCAUCAAAACAAUGAAUAAGGAUGCUACAUAUGAACCUUCAAGGCGAUCACAUAACUGGCUGAAAUUGAAGAAAGAUUACAUGGAAAGUAUUGGAGACUCACUAGAUCUAGUGCCUAUUGGUGCUUUCCAUGGUCGUGGAAAACGUACAGGUGUCUAUGGUGCUUUUCUCCUUGCUUGUUAUAAUAUCAACAACGAAGAAUUCCAGAGCAUAUGUAAAAUAGGCACUGGAUUUUCUGAACAAGUGCUUGAGGAACGUUCUGCUAGUCUCCGUACACAAGUGAUUCCCAAACCAAAGUCAUACUAUAGAUUUGGAGAUACUAUUAAACCAGAUGUGUGGUUUGAACCCAAGGAGGUGUGGGAGGUGAAAGCAGCAGACUUGACUAUUAGCCCUGUUCAUCGUGCUGCAAUUGGUGAAGUUGAUCCUGACAAGGGUAUUUCACUAAGAUUUCCCCGUCUUGUUCGAGUUCGAGACGACAAGUCUCCAGAGCAAGCCUCAUCAUCAGAGCAGGUUGCUGAGAUGUAUAAUGCCCAAAAGCAUAAUCAUCAAAACAAUCAAGAUGACAAUGAUUAUGAUGAUUGAAGGAUAGGAUUCUGAUGUCGUCAUUUCCAGACAAGUUUCCCUGUAAAGAUCAGCAAUGUUGUGGCAAACCCUUACCAUUCCAUAACCCAUCGACUCCUUGUCUUUAAGCCUCCAUGCUCAAAGGACUGCUCAAUCAUAACCACCAGAUCCGCCCCCCUUUGCAUGCUGCACUGAAAAGCAGCCAGAGAUUAUUUGUGAUUAACUAGAAUUAUUGUAGUUGUAUUUGGAGAAAGGAAAAGCUUGUGUACGCAAAUUGAAAUUUUGAUGAUGUACAGUUUGAAUUUAGUCAAUAAUAGGUAAUCAGAUAUGGCUGUUUUGAUUAUUAAAAAAAUAGAGUAAUCUCAAGGCACGCAUCUGCAUAAUGUUAAGAAAUUAGUGUUAGUGGUUAGUAAUUUGUGAGAUACGGAAUUUGUAUUAUCAUGAUCGAAUCAGUUAGUCAUUGCUAUAAAGAAUAAAUGCUCUGGUAAA